AUGUGUGUGCAACGACGUGAAUAUGAUUUCCGAUUGGGCUUGGUUGCAUCAGUAAAUAAAAAUUGCUCUCCAUACUGUGGACCCUUUUUUUUUAAUUGUUUUUUUGCUGUUUUUCCCUUGUGUUCUGCACCAUGGAAUUCUUUUUUUUUCUCUUUCUUUUCUGGAAAACUAACUGUGUGCUACAAUCUCUGGAGUCCAGGGGUUAAUUCCCAAUGCCACUUUUUUUGUCCACACAAGAUGCUUGAUAUCUGGACCUCACCUUUUGCAAAGUGCGGAUAUAACAGAGGAGUAAGCGACCACAUUGAGGGCCGCACUGGAUGA